GCGGUCGUUGUUUAGAGACCCCCGUGUCAGUGAGCUGGUCCAUACCUCCCCCAGUUGAGAACGGUUGCCAGCACACUUCCGAGCCCAACAUGGCUCUCAAUAUCGACACCUCAGAUCGCCCCGGCCUCCGUCUUCCCAACCCGCCGCCACUCCUUCAUACUCGUGCCGGAAAUGAAGCUCUCGAUCGCCCCUCCACACCCGCUGAAAAUGGCUUCACCAGCCCCGUGCAAACCCCCCAAGGGAGUCCCAGCAAAAAUCGCAUGCCCCCCGGCGCAAUCGACCUGCCCAACGUGUUCGAAAAAGCUCUCAAGCUGAACCCCACCUCGCCCACCAAAGGCACCUAUAACCACUACAACCACCCCAUGUUCGCGCCGCCCCGAUCCGGUGAGGACUUUACCGAAAGUGUCAUCCGUCAGCCACCAGGCAGUCCCACGCGCAAAGCCAACAAAGAAAACACCCCUCCCAACUCCACCCGUCUCACCAAAGACCUCGGUCCGAACCCCGCGGCUGCUGCCAUCUCCCGUCAUGAGCCAUACCAGCAACGAGAUCUCGAGAGUAUUCAGCGUCGUCAGGUUCCCAUGCGGGGGUUGACCCCGGAGGAGUUGGAGAAGCUGCAGAAUCCUAGAGUUAAGCGAUUGGUAAAUGUGACACAACUGUACUUCCUCGAUCACUACUUUGAUUUGUUGAGCUACGUACACAACCGCCAAAACCGCUAUGCGCAGUUCCGGUCUUCCAACCCCGAGCCCCCCGCCACUCCGAUGGAGACGUAUGAGCCCGCUCUGCUGAAAUAUCUGGGUCGGGAACGGGCCCACCUCCGCAAACGCCGCACUCGACUCCGCCAGCACGACUUUCAGAUCUUGACUCAAGUGGGCCAGGGAGGUUACGGACAGGUCUAUCUGGCGCAGAAGAAGGAUACGAGGGAGGUGUGCGCGCUCAAGGUGAUGAGCAAGAAGUUACUUUUCAAGUUGGACGAGAUCCGCCAUAUUCUCACUGAGCGCGAUAUCUUGACGGCCGCCAAGAGCGACUGGUUGGUCAAGCUGCUGUACGCGUUCCAGGAUGACGACCAGAUCUACCUGGCAAUGGAGUAUGUGCCGGGAGGUGACUUUCGCACGCUGCUGAACAACACCGGAGUCUUGCACAAUCGCCAUGCUCGGUUCUACAUUGCAGAGAUGUUCAGCUGCAUUGAUGCGUUGCAUGCGUUGGGAUACAUUCACCGCGAUUUGAAGCCGGAAAACUUUCUCAUUGAUUCAAGUGGUCACGUUAAGCUGACCGACUUUGGCCUGGCCGCAGGUAUGCUAAACCCUGGCAAGAUUGAGUCCAUGCGGGUGAAGCUGGAGGAGGUUGGCAACACGCCGGUGCCGUUCGGUCGCCCCAUGGAACAGCGCACGGUAGCAGAGCGUCGCCAGGGAUAUCGGUCGCUGCGGGAGCGCCAGGUCAACUACGCCAAGUCGAUUGUUGGGUCGCCCGACUACAUGGCACCCGAAGUGCUCAAGGGCGAGCAGUAUGAUUUUACGGUCGACUACUGGAGUUUGGGAUGCAUGCUCUUCGAGGCCCUCGCCGGAUACCCGCCGUUUGCAGGCGCGACGGUGGACGAGACGUGGCAAAACCUGAAGAACUGGCAAAAGGUGCUCCGCAAGCCGGUGUACGAAGACCCGAACUACUUCCUGUCGCGACGCACGUGGGACCUCAUCACCAAGCUGGUGGCGUCGAAGGAGAAGCGGUUCAAGAACAUUCAGGAGAUCCACGCGCACGACUACUUCAGCGAGGUGGACUUUAACCAUCUGCGCGAGCAGCGUGCGCCGUUUGUGCCCGAGCUGGAUUCGGAGACAGACGCGGGCUACUUUGACGACUUUACCAACGAAGCGGACAUGGCCAAGUACAAGGAGGUUCACGACAAGCAACGCGCGCUGGAAGAGAUGGCGGAGCGUGAUGAUAAGAUGAGCAAGGGAUUAUUUGUUGGAUUUACAUUCCGACACCGCAAGCCGGCCAUGGACGGGCUAGGCCGCGGCUCGCCGCGCAAACCGAUCGCGACGGACGGAUCAUUCGGAACGAUGUUUUAGACUGCAUGAAUGACAGGAGUUCUAUUCGGGCACGAGCUGGAUCUCGAGGAUUGUUUUAGCGAGUACUUUUAAUGGAACGGAUACGAAAUGGGAGGGUUAAGAAAGGAGUUGUGUAUGAUACAGCUAUCGUAGACUUGCAUGAGUGCAGUAUACUAGGAUCAGAAUAGUCAAUCCUUCACUCCAACUCCUGC